AUGGAUCCUACAGCUUUUUCCCGAUCGUCUUCGCGUCCAAGACCUUCAUCCAGGCCCACGACCCCUCUUCGACCGAGCUCUCGGUCUUCAUUACGUGAAGCACAUGGCUAUGGAGGAAGUAUCAGCAACGCAGGCUAUACCCAACCUGCGAUAAAUGCCCUCGAGCCACAGUUCGCAGAGCUCGCAGACUCCAUGGCCGAUCUCGAGGCCAACUUUAUGCACCUCCAAUUGAUGCACGAGAGUCUUACGCGCUUCAGCGAAAGCUUUGCCAGUUUUCUCUACGGCUUAAACAUGAACGCUUUCUGUGUAGAUUUUCCAGAGGCUCCGAUCCCCGAAUCAUUCAAAAGAGCCAAACAAGCGGAGGCUCAGAAAGGUAUCAACGUCACAUUACAUCUGAUGGAACUGUAUGGCACUAACACUCUCCAAGAAGCUGAAGUGGAGCAAACUCGACAGGCUAAUGAAGGCGAAACGACGUUCAUGACUACCGACACCACUUUCGUGGAAAAUCCAUCAAGCACAACCCCCCCGAAGCCGGUGCGCAAAACUCCUACCUCGUCGCGGGGGACCACAAGAGGCUCUAGUACUCGUGGUCGUUAUACAACCAGAGGCACUAGUCGAGCUCGUCCGAGCGCGCUGCCAAGGGGCAGAGGGUUGCGGUGA